AUGAGUGGUGCAAUCUCCGCGGCUGUAGUGAAGAAGGUUCGUGCUGGAUUGGCCUCCAAGGUGGGUGUUCGGUUCGGGAGAGUGGGUUGGGAAACUGGUGGGGUGGAAGGAUUAUCAAUCAUCUGCUGUCAAGCGGCUGUGGCUGUGCUUUCAGUGCUGUCAGUGUGCUCCUCCAGGUUGACAUCAAGCCCACUGCGCUCCCCACGGGAUGCCUCUGGUCCGGUGCGCUCCCAAAGGGAUGGCUCUGGUCUGGUGCGCUCCCAAAGGGAUAGUUCUGGUCCGGUGCGCUCCCAGAGGGAUGGCUCUGGUCCGGUGUCCCAAAGGGAUAACUCUGGUCCAGUGCGCUCCCAGUGGGAUGGCUCUGGUCCGGUGCAUUCCCAGAGGGAUGGCUCUGCUCCGGUGCGCUCCCAAAGGGAUGGCUCUGGUCUGGUGCGCUCCCGAAGGGAUGGUUCUGGUCCGGUGCGCUCCCAGAGGGAUGGCUCUGGUCUGGUGCGCUCCCAAAGGGAUAACUCUGGUUCGGUGCGCUCCCAGUGGGAUGGCUCUGGUCCGGUGCACUCCCAGAGGGAUGGCUCUGGUCCGGUGCGCUCCCAAAGGGAUGGCUCUGGUCCGGUGCGCUCCCAGAGGGAUGGCUCUGGUCCGGUGCGCUCCCAGAGGGAUGACUCUGGUCGGGUGCGCUCCCAGAGGGAUGGCUCUGGUCCGGUGCGCUCCCAGAGGGAUGGCUCUGGUCCGGUGCGCUCCCAGAGGGAUGGCUCUGGUCCGGUGCGCUCCCAGAGGGAUGGCUCUGGUCCGGUGCGCUCCCAGAGGGAUGGCUCUGGUCCGGUGCGCUCCCAGAGGGAUGGCUCUUGUCCGGUGCGCUCCCAAAGGGAUGGCUCUGGUCUGGUGCGCUCCCAAAGGGAUGGCUCUGGUCCGGUACGCUUUCAAAGGGAUGGCUCCGGUCCGGUGCGCUCCCAGAGGGAUGGCUCUGGUCGGGGCACUUCUAAUGGUUGCAUGAGCAUACCUUGA